UCAGAGAGGACGCACAAGGUGACACGUUUAGUGUGCAUUCAGGCAGCUUCUUCUGUGGCCCCAGAGACUGUGAGAUCAUGUCAGGGAACAGUAACCAGAGUGACAAGACCCGGUGCAAUGGAGUCAAUAAACACAGGUCAACUCUUCCUGCAGUUAUGAUCUCACGGAAUAAUGUCAGUAUGUGGAGCAUCCUCAAAAAAUGCAUCGGGAUGGAGCUGUCUAAAAUCACAAUGCCAGUGAUUUUUAAUGAGCCUUUGAGCUUUCUUCAGAGACUGACAGAAUAUAUGGAACACACAUACCUCAUUCAGAAAGCCAGUGCUUCACAAGACUCCAUCGAAAGGAUGAAGUGUGUUGCAGCUUUUGCCGUGUCAGCUGUGGCCUCACAAUGGGAGAGGACAGGCAAACCUUUCAACCCACUUUUGGGAGAAACGUAUGAGCUUGUCAGAGAGGAUCUGGGCUUCAGAUGGAUGUCUGAGCAAGUCAGUCAUCACCCACCUGUCAGUGCUUUCCAUGCUGAGGGUAUAAAGAAUGACUUUGUGUUUCAUGGCUCCAUUUAUCCUAAACUCAAAUUCUGGGGAAAGAGUGUGGAAGCUGAACCUUGCGGAAUCAUUACCCUGGAGCUUCCUGCCCAUAAUGAAGCUUACACCUGGACCAACCCUAUCUGCUGUGUUCAUAACAUAAUCAUGGGUCAGCUAUGGAUUGAGCAAUAUGGCAAUGUUGAAAUUAUUAAUCAUACAACUGGGGAAAGAUGUUGUCUAACCUUCAAACCUUGUGGCAUCUUUGGCAAAGAGUUGCAUAAAGUGGAAGGAUACAUACUUGAUAAAAGUAAAAAGAAGAUCUGUGCUCUCUACGGCAAGUGGACGGAGUGUUUGUACUCUGUGGAUCCAAUGGCAUUUGAUGCUCACAGAAAAUCAGACAUGAAGAGCUCUGCCAAUAAGAAGGGCAGUACACAGAGUAAUAAUGGGCAUGAGGAGCCGGAUGAGAUGCCCCCGCCAGAGGCAGAGACCGUGCAGAUGAUUGCAGGAAGUGACCUCAUCUGGAGAACAUCACCCCGACCAGAGAAUUCUCGUAAAUACUAUGCCUUCACAUCGUUUGCUCUGCAGUUAAAUGAGUUGGAUGGAGAGAUGGAGCGAGUGAUUCCACACACAGACUGUCGUCUCAGGCCUGAUAUCAGAGCACUGGAGAAUGGACAUAUCGAUGUAGCGGGUGCAGAGAAGAACAGACUAGAGGAAAAACAGAGAGUGGCACGAAAAAAUCUCUCCAAAUCAAAUGAGGAAUGGAAAAUUAGGUGGUUUGAGCAGGGGCCGAACCCUCACACCAGAGCUGCGGACUGGAUCUACACCGGCGGGUACUGGAGCAGGAACUACUGCGGUCUAUCUGACAUAUACUGACCUCAAAGUACUGGAGCGCAUAUACAAACACACUCCUGCUCAGGAAAGCAUUUGAUUGCAUAUAAUAUAUACAGUACAUUAUAUUAAUAACAGGAAAUGUUCUGUUAUGAAUGAUGCUAAAUUGUGAUAAUAAUGAUAGUUACAUGCGCCAUGAUAUACAAGAACAAUACACGUACUGUAUAUACCCUGUGCUUUAUCUUUCACCAGAUCAAAGUGUAGUAUUAAACAAUAUGCAUAUUUUAUAUAUUAUAGGUGAUGAUAGAUAUGUCAGAUAAUCUUCAAUGUGUAAACAAACAAUCAAAAAACUUGUUUCUUUUAAACAUUGAUGUUUCAGUAAAUGUUAUGGAUUAUUUCCAUUGCCACAUAUUCAUAUACAGAUAGAAAACUAGUGCUGCUUGUAUAUUUUGGACAGUUAGCUUAAUGUUUGACAAAGGUGGUACAAAUUUGAAAGCAGGUUUUUCCUGUAAAUUAUUUUUUACAUCAGCAGGUUUGAUAUAGAUCGAUAGAUAUAUAUGAAAAGGAAAUUAUGCAAUAAUCAUAACAGAUGAAUAUACAGAAACAUGGGCCUUUAUUUGUUGUCAUGUCCACAAAUCAGUUGAACCCUAGGAAGUGCACAUUUCCAAAUGUUAAAACAAUAUUUAUGAGUAUUAUGAAACAUAACUUUCUACUGUUGAUUAAUAAAGGCUUCAUGAAACUUUUCUGAAUUUGUGACUUUUCUGAAUCUAAUAUAAUAAGAGUGAAUCUCAUGAAAGCAUGUCAUAUUUCAAUCCAAAUUCAAAUAACAUUUGAAUUUUUACAAGUUUUGCAAGAAGAAACUUUUUUUUUGUUGCAUUAUGACAUAAAAUAAAAUUUCACUCCCACAA